UGAGCAACUCUCAUUCCGACAUUCAGCUGGACGAGAUUCAGUCACACGCAGCUUUCUGAACAGCACAUUGUGAAUAGAAACGACGAGUAGAGACCCAAAACAGCUUACACAUGUCCAAGCCCGAUGGUUCCUGGAUCAAUUGGUUUGUCAACUUACAAGCCAACGAAUUUCUGUGUCGCGUGCCCUACGAAUAUGCCCGGGACAAGUUCAACUUGACGGGCCUGGAGACGAUGGUAUCCAAUUUUCAGGAUACACUCGAUGCUAUACUCGACUCGGAGUUCAAUACUGAAUAUGGCUUUGAGGACGGCGAAACGCACCCCGAAAAGGCCGAGCAGCUGUAUGGACUAAUACAUGCACGCUAUAUACUGACCCGGCGGGGCAUUGCGGACAUGUGCGUCAAGUAUCAGCGCGGCGACUUUGGCAUCUGUCCGCGUAUCUAUUGCAACGGGCAGGUGGUGCUACCAUUGGGUCUGACCGAUCGCAUUGGCGAAUCGCACGUCAAGGUCUAUUGUCCGCGCUGCCAGGACAUUUAUCAACCGAACGCGCGUUGCGCUCUACUCGAUGGCGCAAUGUUUGGCUGCAGCUUUCCGCACAUGUUUUUCAUGCAGCUGCCGCAUCUGCUGCCAGAGCCGCCGAGCGAGAAGUACACGCCACGCAUCUAUGGCUUUAAGCUGCACAAGUUGGCGUUGAUGCCGCCAUCGGCGGAACUGCCAGCCGGAAGCGACUAUCCCACUGCGAACUCCCCCAAGAAGGAGCUGGCGUCGGCAAAUGCCAAGCCUGUGGACUCUAACCGCUUAACCAAGCGACGUUACAAUUUUUCACUUGAUUAGUUACAAAUUAUAUUCAAAAUUUUAGCUUAUAUAUAAUAAACGGCAUUUUGUUGCAGUGUAUUGAUUUGCUAGCGUAAAGAAACACAAUGCUGUUUAAGAAGGUCGCUGGCAACAUCUAACACA